AUGUUAAAAGAUAGUGUACCAAAAAAUAUUUUCAACCGUUUAAUAUCCAUACGUGAUGAAAUUAUUACAAAACAAAUGAAAAAGAUUGAAAAAAGACAUAAUCGUAAAUUAGCUCGAUUACGUUCUUAUAAUGUUUUGAAAGCUGAAAAACUAUCAAAUCAUAAUUCAAUCAGUAUUUCAUUACAAAAUUCAUCACAACAACAAUUAACAACAAAGAAUAAUGAUAACAUACAAAAAAGUGAUCUGAAACCUAUUACUAAUUUAUCUCUACGGAAAUUAGCAAUAGAUGAAGAGAAUGCUCUUAAACGUGGUCUUCAUCAUGUUUUUCCAAUAGGUAAAUUUGAUAAUUCUAGAUUUGUUUGUGACAUGGAACAUUUUUAUGCAAAACUAAUUAAUUUACAUAGUGAUUAUCGUCAUUACGAAGGUAAAGAUCUCAAGCAACAAAUUAAACCUAAAUUAACAUCACCUCAAUUAAGUGCUGCAGUUGAAUUACGUUCAAAAGCUAAUUCAUUUCGAAAGAAAGCGGGAUUAGAAAUGACUAUGAAUAAUCAACAAUACAAACAGAUUAAACAGAUACUAAGAUCAUUAGCAAAGGAUACCAAUAUUGCUAUCACAAAACCAGACAAAGGACAUGGUAUAGUUAUAAUGGACAAAGAUGACUACAUUAGAAAAAUGGAAACUCUUCUCGAAGAUCAGUCAAAGUUCAAAUGGAUUUAUCAGGAUCCAACCGUUACUAAUGAAGAUCGUGUAACACUUUUGUUAACAAGAUUACUUAAAGAAGGUUUUAUUACUAACGCAGAAUAUAAUAUGGCUAAACCAACAGGUUCAAGACCAGCUCGUCUCUAUGGUUUACCAAAAUUACAUAAACCAAAUGAAAAUUAUCCAUUAUGUCCGGUUAUGUCUGCAAUUAAAACAGUUGAAUAUAGUUUAGGUAAAAUGCUUAGAAAUCGAUUAAAACAUCUUCAAACAAGUCCUUAUGUUAUUAAAGAUUCAUUUGAUUUUUUAAACAAAAUUAAAUCAUCAAAAAAUGUGGAUAGGAUAUUUAUUUCAUUUGAUGUAGUAAGUCUCUUUACCAAUGAUCCACUUGCCUAUACAAUUGAUCUUGUUCUUGAUCAAAUGUAUCCGACAUGUAAAAAAUCAUGUCUGAAACUAACAAGAGCAGAACAAUAUCGUAAACGUAAGCAGAAUGUUGACUUUAGAACUCUACUAGAAGAAGCUACAUCUAAAACACAUUUUACCUUUAAUAACUUAAUGUAUGUUCAACAUAAUGGUGUUGCAGUGGGUGCUCCAUUAGCUUCAGUGAUUGCUGAUAUCUUUAUCACUCGCUUGAAAACAACAUUGACGGAUAAAUGA